GCGACGUUGUCACGGAAACGGAAGUGUUGAUUAUUGCCGGUAUAUACAGGAAUAAUAAACGUUUUUUUUUAAUUUUCUAAAUUAAAAAAUUUUACCGUGUUUUUAAUUAAAGGACAAUAUGAUUAAAUUAGGUGAAACGUUUCCUGAUUUUGAAGCCAACACGAGUGUUGGAACUAUAAAAUUUCACGAAUGGUUGGGCAAUUCAUGGGGUAUUUUAUUUUCUCAUCCACAUGAUUUUACACCAGUUUGUACCACUGAAUUGGCAAGAGUUGUAAAAUUAAUGCCUGAAUUUGGAAGAUUGGGUGUUAAAGUUAUUGCAUUGUCUUGCAAUUCGGUUGAUUCUCACAAAAAAUGGAUUGAGGAUAUUAAAGCUUAUGGAGGAAUACAAUCAUCUGAUUUUCCUUACCCGAUAAUUGAAGAUGAAUCUCGUAAACUUUGUAUAAUGCUUGGAAUGUUAGAUCCUCAGGAACUUGAUAGUGCAGGAGUUCCUGUAUCGGCUCGUUCUGUCUUUAUUAUUGAUGAAAAUAAAAAAAUGCGUUUGUCAAUUUUAUAUCCAGCAACAACGGGACGAAAUUUUGAUGAAAUUAUCCGUGUUUUGGAAUCGCUUAAAUUAACUGAUAAAUACAAGGUGGCAACACCUGUGGAUUGGAAGAAAGGAGAUCCUGUUAUGAUACAACCAAAUAUUCCCGACGAAGAAGCUAAAAAACUUUUUACAUCAAAAAUAAAUACAAUGGAAUUGCCGUCUCGUAAAAAUUAUCUCCGUUUAAUCGAUGAGCCUACAGAUGCCUAAAAAGAAUUUUAAAAGAUAUAUUUUUUUAUCUAUAUUUUAAUUAUAGAAAUUAUUUCUUUCAUCUAAAUUAUCAAUUUUAAUAAUUGAUAUUUGUUUUGACAAUAAACAAUUGAAUUUCUAAAAAAAAUACAAAGAGAAUUUUAAUAUUUUCGGAAUUUGUAUUGUAUAAUACAAAUCGAAAAAAUGAAAAUACAAUUAAUGGAACUUGUAA